AUGAAAUCUCCAUUUGAGACAGACUACCCAACCAUUGUGAUCCUUAUUGUUGUUCUAAUCGUUUACUGCGGGUCAUUAAUUGGCGGUACAUAUAUACACCAAGCUCACCUUAUUAAUUCAGAUUUGGGAAAAUUCAUGAGCAAGAUUAGCUUCCUUUUUGGAGUUCUUGCCCUGGUUUUGAAAUUGGUGGUUCUUGUUCCGGCUCUAGGGGUAGCUUCCCUCCUCUUCUGGCUCGUUUGGUUUGUGGGCUUUGUAGCUGUUUACUCGUACCCACACGUCAAAACAUUGUUUACAAAGGCAGUUGGAGCAUUUGAAAAAUUGAAAGAGUAUCUGAAGAACAUGGUCAGUGCCUGCGGCUUUACAAUGAACUCUGGGGACCCAACUGGGUUACCCUCUUGA